AUGUCUCUUUUCUCACGUUUCUCACUCUCACACGACCCCGAACACCUAAUUCUGAUCUUGUUAAUCAGACACAGACCUCAACCUACAACUUUUUAUGGUACCGGGGUUGUGUAUGGCACUCGCGACGAGGGUGUCAAGUUGUUUGGUAUUGUUGAAGUAGGUGCUGGUAGUGGAAAGAAGUCCAUGAGCUUUAAGAACAGGCGAAAGGAGGAGAUUGACAGCCUGAUUGAAAAGAGGAAGCAGUUGAGGAGGAAGAAAAGGAAGGCAAGGAGUGAGAUAGAGAAGGAUGGUUAUGAGGCAUUAUUGAGAGUGUUGGCUGGUCGUUUGAUGAAGUUGAGGAGGGCUGAGAAAAGGAGACAGAAGCAGAGAGAGAUAAGGAGAGUUAGAGGGGAUUUUGGACGCGACCCUUUCAAGACAGUCAAGGGAGUGCUAAAUCCAAGUCCAGUGGGGGAGCUUAAGUGUUCAAAGGAGGAGCUAGAUGAUCACUUGGCCAGAACGUACGGAGAUCCAGCCCGGCAGCAGCCCCUUGGUAUACUUGAGGGUCUGCCUGAGUGUGCUCCUGAACCCUCUGUUGCCUUUGACCUCACAACGGUAUCCAAGAAGGAGUUUGAGGAGGUUGUAAAGAAGGCAAGGAGCAAGAGUGCCCCGGGUAACAACGGGAUCCCGUACACAGUGUACAAGAGAUGUCCUGGUAUUGCCAAGAAUCUCUGGGACCUGUUGAGAACUGGAUAUAAGUUAGAAGAAUAUCCUGACAAUUGUAGGUAUUUCGAGGGUGUCUACAUCCCAAAGGCGGAUGGCGACUUUUCACCAAGUUCAGGACGGCCUAUUUCCCUGGGUAACAUUCAAGGGAAGAUUUAUUUGGCGAUCCUGGCGAAGAGGUUGACCAGCUUUGUUGUCUCGAAUGGAUAUGUAGACCUCUCUAUACAGAAGGGUGGUGUGCCAGGCGUCCGUGGGUGCACGGAGCAUUUUGGUGCCAUGUGGGAGGUACUGAAGGAAGCAAAGGUCAAGAAGAAGGAUCUGAGUGUGGUAUGGCUUGACCUGGCUAACGCUUACGGAGCGGUACCCCAUGUUCUGAUUGCCAGGGCCCUCCGUUUCUACAACGUCCCCGAGAAGGUUAUCAACAUUAUCCUACGGUACUUCUCCGGGGUAUUCGGAAGGUUCUCCUCAAGAUCGGUGACAUCAGACUGGCAGCAGUUUGAGAUAGGAAUCUUCAUGGGGUGUGUGAUAUCAGUCAUCUUGUUUGUCUUGUGCAUGAACCUUGGGCAUGAACACCUAAAGUCUAAGGUUCCGAGAAGCAUUGAGUACAUCAAGGAUGACACACCGAUACCAACUCUGAAGCUGUUUAUGGACGAUAGCUGUCUGACGACCGCACGUGCAGAGGAUAUGCAAACGUUACUCAAUGUGUUUCAGAAUUACGUGGACUGGUCCAGAUUUAAGUUAAAGUCCUCCAAGUCCAGAGCACUGGUGCUGAAGAAGGGAGUGGCUGUGAGGUGGGUUGAGGAGGUAGUGGGAGGAGAGGAGGAGGUGGAGAGAGAAGAGUUGUGUUUGCAGUUGGGUGGUGAGGUGAUUCCGAAUGUGUCAGAGAAGCCGAUAAAAUUCCUUGGGAGAUGGAUAAGAGUGGAAGGAAAUGACAAAUCAGUCAUCGACUCAACCAAGGUCGACCUUAACACUUUUCUUCGGAGACUCGAUGAAAGUUCCCUUACUGGACUCCAGAAGUGCUGGGGAUAUCAGUACAUGGUCCUUCCAAAACUGAAGUGGCCUCUUGCCAUCUAUGAUAUUCCGAUCACAACAGUUACCAGAUGGGAACAGAAUACCAAUAGUUUCCUCAGGAAGUGGUUAGGGGUGGGGCACACUCUGAGUGGUCUUUGUCUGUUCAGUCAAUCAUCCAGUGUGGCCUUACCGGUGAGCAGUUUGACAGAUACAUGGAAGAUAGAGAAGUGUCGACUGUUGCAAUCCUAUCAGACAUCUAAGGAUGACCUGAUUAAAGCAGUCAAGCCCCAAGUUCGUUCUGGUAGAGUUUGGAGGCCUGAGACAGAACUAGAAGAGGCCAGAAGAGAUUUGGUCAGUGAAUCGGUGCGAGGGAUGGUGCAACCUCAAAAAAGAGUUGGCAUCGGUUUUGGUGACUGGAAAAAACCUUGGGAGAGGAUGGAUGAGCGGGAAAGAGAGAGGGAGGUUAUGCUGAGAGUGAAGGAGAACAUUGAAAGAGAGAGGGAGGUGCAAGUAGGUUCUCUGGAGAUGCAGAGUGAGAUUGUGGAAACACGGCUGAGGCCGGACCUUGUGAUAUUCUCAAGGUCGGCAAAGACAGUUAUUUGGUGGGAGCUAACAGUACCAUCUGAAGAGCGGAUCGCUGAAUCGCACGAGUACAAGCUCGACCGAUACAGCGGUCUGCAGGCUGAGAUUCAGGCGAAAGGUUGGUGCUGUUAUAAUGCCGCAGUCGAAGUUGGAGCUAGGGGAGUGGUUGCGCAGAGUUUGGAGAGAGCUGCGAGGAGGAUUGGUUUUAGGGGAAGAGAGCUGAAGAAGCUGGUACGGGACAGCGGGAAAGAGGCAGCCCACUGUUCCAGAUGGAUUUACUUGUUAUCGAGAAAGAGGGAGUGGGAGUUCAGGAAGGUUGGAGCUUGA